AUGACCAGCAGUGAAUGUUCAGCGCAACAAAUCCAAUGUCCAGAUCUACUCAAGGCCCCUUCAAGGCCCCAUGUCCAGAUCUACUCAAAGUACAGGCUGCAGCGGGAGAGAAAACCGGCAGCAGCAAUGGGGAUUGUGGCGCGGGCUUGGAGCAAGGCAAAUACCCCUCACAAGAUGGACUUUGGGACUCGCGACCAGCUGCCGGUUGAUGUGGCCAAGCCAACGUGGGAUUCCCAGGAGGCGCAGGGUCCCUCCAGCGAUCGCGAGCAUCACCUGCAUGCUGAGCCAGACAGAAACUGCACGGUGCCGGUGCAACACGGGGUGCAGGGAGGAACGUUGUUCACGUGCGGAGUGAAAGAGUCUCGACUUGGCAGGGAUGGGGACAACCGAAUCUUGAUGCCGGCAUUUGAGGAUCUGCCGGUGGUCUCCGUUGCUGGCUCCGGGCACACCGUGCUGGCCACCGCUGAUGGGCGGGUGUACACGCUGGGCCGAAACGACUCCAGGGGCGGAGGGGGUUAUGGCACUCCGCCCAUUGCGGACGCCGGGCAACUGGGACGGGGUGGGGGCAAUGAACGCGGCUUGGUGGCCGGCCCCUUGGAGGACCGGCGUGUGGUGCAGGUGGCGGCUGGGAGGUACCACUCCGUGGCCCUGACAGACGAUGGAGAUGUCUUCACGUGGGGCCUCAACGACUGGGGCCAGCUGGGAAGGGAAGGCGUCAAGGCCACCGACAACGGCUACGGCGCCAGCUGCACGUGGGGCGCUGGCUGUCGCAGCGGCAUGCCUGGACGCGUGUCAGCCGGCCUGGAAGGCGUCCCCAUGGCCACAAUCGCCGCCGGCAGGUAUUGGACGAUGGCCGCGUCGAUGGAUGGGCGCCUGUGGACCUGGGGCCUCGACGGCUGCGCCACGCAUGGCGAUGUGCCCAGCCAGGAGGAGGCCUACCUGCCCCGGGAGGUCGGGGGCCAACUGGCGGGGGAGAAGGUGGUCGGAAUCGACGCAGGUUACGUGUUCUGGGCCGUUGUAACUUCAUGCGGGGAGGUGUUUACGUGCGACACGCAGGACGACGGCUAUGCCAGCACGCUUCCGAGAUCGCGUCCAGCCAACGAGGAUGGAGAGCUGGGCAGGGAGGGCAAUCCAAAGGUCCCAGGAAAGGUGACAGGUGGCCUCAAGGACCGCACCGUUUUGGAUGUCGCGGCUGGUCGCGCCCACGGCUUGGCUGUCACGUCAUCGGGAGAUCUGUUUUCUUGGGGAAAGCCUGGACCCAUUAUCGGGCGAGAUUCCGGGUCGAGGCGGGAGCCUGAUUUAGUCAAAGGAGAACUCGAAGGCAAGAAGAUUGUCUCUGCGGCGGCUGGAGAGUACUUCUCUCUCGCGGCCACCGCGGACACCGUCUAUGGUUUCGGUCACAACGGCUACGCCACUCUCAGCAUGGCGCAGGAGAGCUCGCAGGUGGGGGCUCCGAAGGCAGUCGAGGGUCCUCUGAGCUCCUCGCAGUGGGCGAUCCAGCAAGUGCAGGCCGGGUACCAACAUUCACUAGUCAUCGCCACCAGGACCGACGGCGGUGCGGAUGAGUCAUCCUCGCAGGAGGCACCUUCGCCGGACGCUGAGGUUACUGAACAACCCACUAUGCCUCCACUUAAAUCGAACAGUGAUCAAGUAAAUCGUCCAACCGCUAGCUCGACCAAUGGCACCGAACACGGAUCGGCGUCUAUUUCGUCGAUCCCACCUGUGGGCGUCGGCGACUUUGAUGUGCUGAACGACACCAGCUUCAAGAAGCUCUGGGGAUCUGCCGAGGAUUUCGAUGGCAUCACGUCCCUUGAACCUGUAGGUGUCUCCAAAUGCGGCACGACCGAUUUGUACUGGCGCAUAUUGGGCCACCCCGACGUGAGCGGGGCGUCCAACAAGGGCCCGCACUUCUGGGACGAGUGCCGGUGGCCGCCUGUCGGAAACUGCACCGUGCCACCGGACGGCGCCUUCCAGGGAUACGUCCACCUGUUCGACAACGCCGCGAAGGCCAUCGAAAAUGAGACGUGA